AGUGCAUUUUCCCCUCUUCUCCUUUAAUGGCAGAUCUUGUAUUUCCUUUAUCUACAUUUUGAAUUCAAGGAGACGUUUUGAUUUGUUUUGAGUCGUAAACCAGUGAUCUAAGAUGCUGGGCGGAAUCUUAGGCCGUGGUUUUGCCUCAAGAUGUAAAUCAUUGAUUAAAGUGAUAAAGAGUCGGAUUGAUGUGAUACGGAGGAAACGUAGUGCGACGCUUAAGUUUUUGAAGAAAGAUAUAGCUGAUCUGCUCGCUAAUGGCCUUGAUAUUAAUGCUUUCGGCAGGGUGGAAGGAUAUAUAGCUGAAUUGCUCCUUUCGUCUUGCUAUGAUUUUAUUGAGAAAUGUUGCGAUUUCGUGUCGAAGCAUGCUUCCGUCAUGGAAAAGCUGAGUGAUUGCCCAGAAGAUUGCAGGGAGGCUGUCUCAUCUCUGAUGUUUGCGGCGGCUAGAUUUUCUGAUUUGCCAGAGUUGCGUGAUCUUAGGCAAAUAUUUCAUGAACGAUAUGAAAAUUCCCUGGACUUAUUCGUGAAUAAACAGCUUGUUGAAAAUUCAACUUCAAAUCCUUCCACAAUGGAGAGGAAAGUAAAGGUGAUGAAUGAUAUAGUGUCGGAAUUUUCCAUAAAAUGGGACUCCAAAGCUUUUGAGCGAAGAAUGUCGAAACCUCCACCGGUCCCACAGGACCAACCUAAAAAUUACGGGUCUUUUCAUGUCAAUGGUGGUAAUAGUAAGUCAAAUGUAUCAAAAAGGGAUGAAAUGAUCUUUCUGCCCAAAUCGGAAUUCCUUGUUGAGGACAAACCAUGUCAUGCCAGGGUGGAAGCUUUCGAAAAAGAGGAGAAUGUUGAUGUUCGGUUACGGCAAAAACAAGAAGUUUCUGCUGGUAAGCCUGGAUUUUGGAAUGGGAAGGAUGUUGUUGUCUUGAAAACAGCGAGAUUAAGUAGUUCUAGUGGGAAAAGAAUGGGAAGAGUAAAUGGUGAAACCAAGAUACAAGAUGAUAGGGAGAAUCAUGUGCGUAGAAUAGAUAACAAAGAUGUUCUAACACAGAGAAAGCCGGAUCUAAAUCCUAGUAACCAUGCAGCAUCACGGCUAAAGAGUCAUGAUAAAGAUCUGUUCAUUCCUGAUAGUUAUGCUGAUGUGUACAGUGUCGAAAAUUCAACUAGAAAAACACAUGAGGAAGGUGAAUCCAAGCGGAUGCCCCACUCUAAGAGUGGCAUUCCUCCUUAUGUUAAGGCGCCCGGUAUCAAAUCAAAGGACAGUCGGCAUGGUGCUAAUAUCGGAUCGUCACUUGCUGGUUCGGACAGCAAUGGAGUUUCUAGUGAUCUUUCAAUAACUGAUAAGGAGGGGAAGACAAUUCCACCUAUGAGAGGUCAUGAUAGAGACACAGAUUAUUACUAUAGUCGUGAGGGAAGUGAUACCCCUAUCCCAAGACGCAGGUCAUCCCAUAGGCGACAUUUGAAAUCAGCAUCUAGUCAUACUGAAAUUGGUGAUGCUGAUGAUACAGAAGUUGCAAGGAGAAAACCAAGAAGCAGGAGAAGGGAUGACUCGAGACUAGGCCUGCAAAUCUUAUUUGAUGAUGAGCGGUGUAGAGAUGAGGAGGAAAUGAUAAUCGAUAGGCUGUUGAUGCAUUACAGUAAGAAACAAUCAUCCUAUGAGGACGGUCAACUAAGAAGAAAAUCUAAUAGUCGUCAUGCACAUUAUAUGAGAAGUGAUGUAGGUCAAGUCCCACAAAAAUCAAGCAGGGAUAGAUCGGAUGAUAUCUCCGAGACCAUUCCUCGUCCAGUCCGAUCAAUUUCUCUUCCUCGUGUGCAAACAGCUCAAUCAGAAGGAAUUAAAGUGUAUACCCGUGCUACUUCCUUCCAGCCAGAUAGGUCAAAUGCAGCCCGACACGUGCACCCUAAGUUACCAGAUUAUGAUGAUUUGGCCGCUCACUUUGCAGCAAUGAAAGGUAAGUAGUUCUUUAAGCCUACUUAUACGAUAUUUUUUACGCAUCAAUCUUAAGAACUUGUAGCAUUCCCUCAGCUGAGUUAGUGAGGGACUGUCUUUUUGGUAAACCUUGAGCUAUACAUUGAUAGGACAGGUAUUGCCUAUUGUUUAGUGGUUUGAAUGUACCUAUUUUACGUGUUUAUAGCACUCGUAGUACUACUAUUUAUAUGACAGAUGACCUUAACAGGAAUUUAUAAGCUUGAUGAUUCAUUUUUUUGGAUGACAUGAUUGUAGAA